AUGAACACCCUCGACACCCUAGCAACGGACCACGGCUGGGUCCAUGGCGCCGUGACCAAACCCUUCACGGCCAUCGUCACCCUCUACAUGGGCCAGCAAUUGGCGCUCGAACUUGCCGUACAGGAGAUAGUCAGUGUCAUCAAUGAGGUAUAUUACGGGGGUGAUAGUGAUCUCGACGAAUAUCUUAGAGAUAUAUGGAGCACAAUAAUUCACACAUCUCGGAAAAUCCCUCGAGAAAAGCCGCACACGCCCCCGGAUGUCCCGACAGCUCUCCAGAUUCGUCUCGCUGCCCUUCUCCUGACGCUCAAACGCCAGCCGGACCCGGCGCCGAUGCCUACAACUCAUCUGCAAUCGCCUGUUAAUGCUCGUCGGGAUCUGUCCUGGAGACAGCUGCCGCUGUUCGAAGAGACGGUUUAUGAGGCGCUGAAGGAUGAGCCCGGGCGACGGGCAAAGUUUACCAAGAUCGAGACCGAAGGGUGGGUGAAUUUCAUGGCGUUUUUGGCGCUAAUCACGAAAGAGCGAAUCGUGGGGCUAGAAGAUAUCGGGGUUGUAGUCCUUCGGGAAGCAUUGGAGGAGAGACACGAUUCUCUUCCUUCGACGGACGGGGCGGAUGAUAGCAAGAUCGAUGAGGCAACGCGGUUGAAUGUGUUUGUAGCUGCGGCGGCUAUUUGGGCGGUUAUUAUGGGAGAGGAGCUGUGGGAGCGAAUGGGGCAAGAGGAUGAGUGUCCAGUGGCGGCGUUGGGAAAUGUGGAUUGCUCGACUUCAAUUCCUGAGCCUGCGUGA